AUGUCAUCACAUACCCUCAGUUUCAGCAUCAUCGUGGAUGGAUACAAUGUUGUCACCACCAAAGACAAACACGCCACGGUCAUGUACGAUCUCACAUUCAUUGUGAAAAAUCCAAUACCUCUUUCAUCGUCUUGUUCCACAAAUACUGCCAUUUCCACUCACAAUAAUCAACAAAUUCUCAUAUCCAUGACCGUCGGCAAACGUUACUCCGAACUUCGAGAAUUAUUUAAAAAUCUCACAUCCAUUCUCAAUAGUCAUGCGCAUCAACAUCAUUCGACAUUGAAUUCAUCCACAGCAGCAACAACCACGAGUUCCAUGUCAACAACUUUAGCUCAAGAAUUUAAAUUUGAUUUUCCUCCAAAAUUAUUAUUUGGAAAUACGAAUCCAGAAAUUAUUGAAAAACGAAAAGUGGAAUUACAACACUUUUUUGAUCAAGUAACGAUGCAAUUAGUUUUGGAAAAUCGAACUGAAGGAGUGUCUGGAGAAAUGUAUAAAACGGUUUUACAAUUUUUUCAAGUUCAAAAUACUCAUUAUAUUUGA